AUCUUGGUGGUGACUGUCUGACUGAUAUGUCACCUCCAUGUUUUCAUGAUGAUCCAACUCUGACCAAACCAAAAACAUGUUCAAAUAAAUGAUCCAUCCGAUCCGAAGUUGCAAACACCACCUGAAAUUGAAAAAACCCAGCCGCCGAACGAACGAACGAGCAAGGCCUAUAAACCUCCUCACAUCACAGUCACCACACCACUCGCCACGCCUUCGCCGCCUAUAAACCGCCACCACUAGCCCCCCCUGCUCCGAGGACCACAGGAGCCCACGGCACGGCGACGCCAUCGACCUCACUCCAUCCCUCCCUCCCUCCCUCCCUCACUCCUCCUCUUCGCCGCCUCGCAAGCAAUGGCGGUGGCGCGGCUACGCGCGGUCGCCGCCGCCGUGCUGCAGCCGGCGCUCGCCGCGGGCGGCCGCGGCGAGAGGCGGCCGCUCGGGACGGCGGCGGAGGUGGCCGCGGGCGCGGGCCCGGGGGCUGCGAGGUGGGAGCUCUUGGGCGCGCGGGAGUACUACGACUACCGCCGCGCCAUGUACGGCGACAUCACGCACAAGGCCAUCCUCGUCGACGCCGCCGGCACGCUGCUCGCCCCCACCGAGCCCAUGGCGCAGGUGUACAGGACGAUAGGCCAGAAGUACGGAGUGAAUUACUCAGAGGAUGAGAUUCUGAUGCGGUACCGGCUAGCUUAUGCGCAGCCAUGGGGUCGAUCGCGUCUGAGGUAUGUCGAUGACGGAAGGCCCUUUUGGCAACAUAUAGUGAGCUCAUCUACCGGCUGCUCAGAUCUACAGUAUUUCGAGGAACUGUACCAGUACUACACAACUGAGAAGGCCUGGCGUCUCUGCGACCCAGACGCUGGACGUGUUUUCGAGGCGCUGAGGAGGGCUGGCGUCAAAACAGCCAUCGUGUCCAACUUCGACACUCGUCUUCGGCCGCUUUUACAGGCGCUGAAAUGCGACGGCUGGUUCGACGCAGUUGCUGUGUCUGCUGAGGUUGCAGCAGAAAAGCCGAACCCCACAAUAUUCUUGAAGGCCUGCGAGCUGCUAGGAGUGAAACCUGAAGAAGCGGUGCACAUUGGUGAUGACCGUAGGAACGACUUAUGGGGAGCGAGGGAUGCAGGCUGCGAUGCCUGGCUUUGGGGCAGUGACGUUUACUCCUUCAAGGAGAUCGCGGAGAGGAUCGGAGUUGAGGUGUAGCAAGUUGUUUCUCCUCGGUCGGCGCCACUUACCCCGGGCGUCUUGUACAUAUUCCCAAGAGAAAUAACAAGAGCAUCAGUUUCUCCUGUGUGCGACUGUGCCAGGCCUUUUGUAGCAAAUACCGAUGUGCAUUUCCACGCUUCCCUGUAGCAAAUACUGAUGUGCAGGAGCUCUGUCCGGGUUGAAUUCACAGAGAAGAGGGUACCAAAAAGGACAGCUAAAAUGCAAUACAGAGAAACAAGAACAGCAAACUCACACAAAUAAUGGCGA